CCCUCGGACGCUUCAAACCAACGCAACCAAACACAAACAUCGAAAGAGAGAAACACAAAGAGAGACCAAAGACAAGAGCUUUUCUUUGCAACCAUGGCGGCAACUGUGUCGUCUCCUUGGGCCAAACCCGGCGCGUGGGCCCUCGACUCCGAAGAACACGAAGCCGCCGAGCUCGAACAGCAGCAACAGCACCAAGCCAAGAUCGAAGCCCAGCCCCUAGCCGACUUCCCAUCUCUCUCAGCCGCCGCCGCCGCCAAGCCGAAGAAGAAGAACAAGCCCCAGAAGGUCAGCCUCGCCGAGUUUUCCGUGUUCGGCGGGCCCAAGCCACCCGCAGAGCCCGUCGGCCUGACCCACGAGGAUCGGCUCGUCCUCCCCACCGGCCCGCGCGAGCGCACCGCCGAGGAGCUCGAGAAGGGCCGGCUCGGCGGCGGCUUCAAGAGCUACGGCGCCGAUCGGAACCGCGAGGAUUCGAGCUCCAAGUGGGGGAGCCAGAGGAGAGAGGGAGGCGGAGGGUUUGGGAAGGAGAGUGAUAGGGACGCGCCGUCGCGGGCGGAUGAGGUUGACGAUUGGGGCGCCGGGAAGAAGUCGGUGCCGGAGAAGAGGGAGAGAGUAGGGUUUGGGUUUGGUUCUCAGUCCAAGGCUGAUGAAUCUGACAGCUGGGUGACGAACAAGACGUCGUCGUUUUCGUCGGAGGGACGGAGGCCCGGCGGCGGCGGGUUUGAUCGGGAUAGGAAGGUUGGGUUUGGGUCGAAUGGCGGCGGGGCCGAUUCGGAGAGCUGGGGGAGGAAGAGGGAGGAGGUUAAUGGUGGAGGGGGUUUCGAGAGGGAGAGGAAGGUAGGGUUAGGGUUCAAUUCGAACGGCGGUGGUGCCGAUUCGGAGAGCUGGGGGAGGAGGGAGGAGAGUAAUGGUGGGACUGAGAGUAAUGGUAGGCCGAGGCUGAAAUUGCAGCCUAGGACAUUGCCUGUUACUCUGCCGCCGCCACCGCCUGUUGUCAGCAGCAAUGAGUCAUUGCCGGUGGCGGUGGAGAUUGUACCGAGGCCCAAGGGGGCGAACCCAUUUGGAGCUGCGAGGCCGAGAGAGGACGUUUUGGCAGAGAAGGGGAAGGACUGGAAGAAGAUUGACAAGGAGCUUGAGGCUGUGAAGCUUAAGGAGAAGGAGGCUGUGGCUGCCGAAGGGGAGUCUUUUGGGAAGAGGAGUUUCGGAAUGGGAAAUGGGCGCCCUGGUGACCGCACCGAUGGAGUUUGGAGAAAACCUGCUGUGGCUGAGGCUGAGGCUGAGGCUGAGGGGGAGGUUCGUCCUCAGAGUGCUGGAAACGAUGAGAGUAGGAGAAGCAAUUCUGAGGAACCGGAACCAGAGAAUGAGAAUGAAAAUGAGAACGUCACUGAGAAUUGAAGAAAAGGUUAGAAGUAUGAUGAUAGAGGGAAGAGGUCCCAAGUUGCUUGAUCUGCUGAACCAUGAGGCUGCUGAUUUUUCACUUUCUUUUCUAUAUUUAUGCUCUGUCGCUAAUGCUAUACAUUCAACUUAAAAACAGUUUUUUGGUAGGUGUUCAACUGUUCAAGUAUACUAGUUUUGCCUAUAGGACUUUGUUUUGUAUGUUGUAUUGAGAUUGAGAAACACUGACUCUGAAAAUUAUUUUUGAUCGUGAAGUUAAUGUGGAAUUGUGGCAUGUUCAAUGGA